CGCAAUCAUGUCCCUCACCCCCGCUCUGUGAGUCUGCAAUUGCACCGCCGCUAUCUCCCGAUCCGUCCACUAACCAUCAACCCCAGCUCCCUCUAUCGGCGCUCGCUGAAGCUGUCCCUUGACUGGGCUGUCCACCGAUCAGUGUGGCGGGGACAAGCUGUUUAUAUUCGCUCGCUGUUCGAAGCCAACAAGGACGUCCGCGAUCCUCGCCAGCAACAGGUAUUGCUGCGCGAAACAGAGAAGCUUCUCGAGGAGUGGAAGCACCCCGAUCCUUACCGGCACCCCACUGCCCCCGGUGGAAACAAAUGGGAGAGAAACUUGCCUGCUCGCAUUCUGCCAUGUACGUCUACUUCUACUGGGCUUACUUGA